GGAGAGAACAUUUGUGUUGCUGACCGGCUGAGAGUUGAACUCGCAUCAGCAGCACCAAUGAACAGUGAGAGAGACCUGCGCAUAUCGUCAGCAGCCGCUUCCCCAGACUCCAGCUAAAAAUUCGUCAGAUCUCAGAUCACAGAGGAUUUUUUUCUCAUUCAGUCCGGCUAGAAAGGAUAUUCGCAAAAGUUUCAGGAUAUAGUCAGCGUACACCUAACAUACCCCCGGCUCAUCUGCUCAGUCAGAGGUCCUCUUAUUGCAACUAUGAGUGGCCGGAGCAGGGUGGCCUGUCUGUGUCUCUGGGCUUAUUUGCUUAUCACCAACAGCGUGCAAGCUGGGAAAAGCUCUGGGCAGAACGGCAUGACAGAUGAGCAGAAAGAUAACACCACAGUGUUCACUAAGAUCUUAGACAGCCUUCUGGACGGCUAUGACAAUCGCCUCCGGCCAGGACUGGGAGAGCGUGUAACUGAAGUCAAGACUGACAUUUUUGUGACUAGUAUCGGACCAGUUUCGGACCAUGACAUGGAGUACACCAUCGAUGUCUUCUUCAGACAGAGCUGGAAGGAUGAAAGACUAAAGUUCAAAGGCCCCAUGGCCGUCCUACGUCUCAACAACCUGAUGGCCAGCAAGAUCUGGACCCCCGAUACUUUCUUCCACAACGGCAAGAAGUCCGUGGCUCACAACAUGACCAUGCCCAACAAGCUGCUGCGGAUCACGGAGGAGGGCACGCUGCUCUACACCAUGAGGCUUACAGUAAGAGCAGAAUGCCCCAUGCACCUGGAAGACUUCCCUAUGGAUGCCCAUGCCUGUCCGUUGAAGUUUGGCAGCUAUGCCUACACCAGAGCAGAGGUGGUGUACGUGUGGACGAGAGGCGCCGCUCAGUCCGUGGUGGUGGCAGAGGACGGAUCCAGAUUAAACCAGUAUGAUCUGAUGGGGCAGAGCGUGGAUUCUGGUGUGGUGCAGUCCAGUACAGGAGAGUACGUUGUGAUGACAACCCACUUUCACCUGAAGAGGAAAAUUGGCUACUUUGUGAUCCAGACGUAUCUGCCCUGCAUCAUGACAGUCAUCCUCUCCCAGGUGUCUUUCUGGCUGAACAGAGAGUCCGUCCCUGCCAGGACUGUCUUUGGAGUGACCACUGUGCUGACCAUGACCACUCUCAGUAUCAGUGCCAGGAACUCUCUCCCAAAAGUGGCUUAUGCCACGGCCAUGGACUGGUUUAUUGCCGUCUGCUACGCCUUCGUCUUCUCGGCCCUUAUUGAGUUUGCCACCGUGAACUACUUCACUAAGAGAGGUUACGCUUGGGAUGGAAAGAGUGUGGUGCCCGAGAAGCAAAAGAAGAAGAAGGAGUCUCUCCUGAAGAAGAACAACACCACAGCCUACCCAACUGCCACCGCUACGCCCUUCGCCCCCAACCCCGCCAGGAACCCUGGAUUGGCCACAAUUGCCAAAAGCGCCCCCCCACCCCCAGAUGAGCCCAAGGAGGAGCCAAAGCCCAAGCCCCCCGAGGCCAAGAAGACCUUUAACAGUGUGAGCAAGAUAGACAGGAUUGCCAGAAUAGCCUUCCCUCUGCUCUUUGGAACCUUUAACUUGGUCUACUGGGCAACCUACUUGAAUAAGAAGCCCAAAUUGCAGGGGAUGGGUCACACCUAAUUCAUGUUUCACCCCUUUUAAAUUCAAUGUUCUUUCAUUUUCUUUGUUAUUCCUCUUACUUAAAAGUAUUUAUUUUGAGAUAAACAUUGUGUCCAUGCGGGUUUGAAUUCCCAGUUGUUACAUUGCUUCUAUGUUUACCUAAAUUUUGAGGAUUUUGAAGAAACAAAAUAUGAGAAAAAAAAAAAGAUAUGUAAUAAUACAAACUUUUGGAAGGGUGUUUGUUCAGGUCUAAGAUGAUGCUAUAAAAUGCUACUAUAAAUAUCUAGCCAACAGAAUGCUAUUCUACCACUUCACAUAGCCCACAUUUGUUAAGGGGCUGCUGUUUCCGUUUUCUUUGUCCUUUUUUCUUCUUUUAUUUUUUCCUUUCUGGUUCGGCGUCACAGGCACUGUAAAAGGCACUUGUGUAAAUGCAUGGGUAGGGCAUUUUAUUAUUUUCAUUUUAUUUGAUCAAAAUACAGAUCGGCAUUGACUGCUGGCUUAUUUUAUUUGCUCUGCUCAUACUCGUUCAAAAGAAAUCUCUUCCAUUAACCGUAGAUGUUUUAGGACAUCAUGACAUUCUUCAAGGUAUUUUAGGUUUUCUGCAAUAGCAAUAAAACAUGUCUCGGUGGACACUGUUUAUUUAGAGAUCAAAAUAUUAAGUUCCAUCAUCCCUGUACUCAGCAUUGAAAAUAUAUUGAUUUCCUUUGUCAGCAUUGUAAAUAUUAUCGGAUGUCAGAAAUGUCUAUAUUAUGUUGAAACUUUGCAAAGUGUAACUAAAGGGUAUGUUACCUGAAUCCAUGAUAACACAAUCUUUUUAUUCAAUUUUUUUUUCUCUCUUUAUGAUACCUUCCACAAAAGAACAAAUAAUAUAUAUUGGUCUAAUUCAUGCUUAAGUGACUGUUUCUCACCAAAUUAACAUUCCCACUCAAAGCUGCUUUCACACUGAAGUUAAAUAUUAUUCAAAGGUGCAUUUGUGCACACACUAACGGCAUCAACGGCAACAACAUCAUAACUGGUAUACACUGAGAUCGGCUAGUUGUACGCAAGAAUGUGAACUCAUCUCAAAUCCUGGAGUGCAUUUUACAUUUAGAAAUUAAACGUGUCAUUUGUUUAAUUUUGUUUGGAAUAUUUUAUUUAUUUAGUUACCCAUUUAUUUUUUUUCCCUUUUUUUUCUUCCUUCUGGCUUUUGACUAUUUAUGGUGGGGCCUACUUUGCCAAACCACCAUAUGUAGGAAAGUUGAGUUUUGUGUCAGUUCUAAAGUGGUUGGGCACAUUGAGACGGUGGAGAAGUGCCUUUUCCAUUUUCAGAGUUGCAGCCGUGAUGGCUCUGACUUUGUGGAUUGGUGGCGCAUCUGUAUUUUCCAUCCCACUGUGUCCGCUGAUCAUGUUUACCACACUUCCAUCUCCAUUGGGUCGAGAAAAUCGAGACAAAACAACUCAGAAAGUACCAGCUACACUGCCUUCAGUAUCACAUGCCCGUUUGGAGUCAUUUGUUGCUGCUUGUUGGUGAGCAACGGCGAGAGAGACAGGGACAGAGAGAGAGAGGGACAAAGAGAAAAAAGACGUUGAGUUAAAGUGGCACUGUAAUCUUAUGUUUGCCGGCGCUGUGUGUUUCUCACAGAGGACUUGUCUUGUAGUUCUAUGAUAGUGACGAAGACGAAUAUAUUUUUGUAGCAUGAUGUCAAUCCCUCUUCCGAUAAAAACCAACAGAAACUAAAGUGAAAAUUAAUGGGGUUUUUUUGGUUUCUUUGUUUUCUUGCCUUGAACAUUGCUUGCUUCCUUUUGCUUCUUUUAACUCUUAAAAAAAAAGAAAAAUCACACUUUUUAGGAAAUGCAUCUUCUUCUCUGAUGUGGCACGUAAAGGUUUCUGAACAGUCCAUUUUAAAUUACGUUAAUGUAGCAAUAUCAAUUAGCAAGGGCUUUUCUUAGGACCUGAACCUGACACUCAGUCUGGGAGCGAUAUCCAUCUGUAGCUUUACAACGACCAGUCUGUACUUGUAGUUUCAUCUGAGCGCUGUACAUGAUAAUUAAGAUAUUCUACUUCUGUUCAGUUAAAGGUAACAGGCCUUGCAUUGUCCAACCAUCUCGGGUUCUGAAAGUCUUUGGCUCCCGCUCUAACUCCCUCUUUGACAGCGUCAGCAGUUAGAGGUGCACCAGACCACUUCCAUGGAUUCUCAGUGUGUUCCCCUGAAUAUGUUUUACAAGCGUUGUACAGGUCAAAAAAAAAGAAGCAUAUUAGAAGUGGGAAGAGUUUUCUGUGUAUUAUUAGGAUCAGGGUGAAUAGACGAUGCUGUUACCAGAGAGAAACCAAGGAAGAGAUUAGAGCUUGUUGCUGUUGUUAUUAUUUGCAUUAUCUUUAUGACCAAUACUGAAUCUAUCUCCAAAUGGAAGACGACGUAACGAGCAUAUGCAAGCGGUCUACUGUUCACAGCCACUUAAUCUACAAGCAGAGAGUCAAGGAACUGUAAAGUUUAGGGUGAAGAGUUGUAUAAAUAUAUUUGAAUUCUAAACUAUUGUAUGUAUGUUUAUUAUCAUGAAAAAAAAAUAGAUAUAUACAUAUGUAAAAUACAUAAUGCAUACAGUAUUUGAUUCUAUUAAUGAAGAUAUUAGCUAAGAUGAUGAUGAUUAUCGUUUGUUUUAUCAACCUAUUGUUAUGCAUUUUGCACAUUUAGAAGACAAUUGCAUUACAUUUAUGUAGUAAGCUUUGUGCUAUGCAAGGACAGCUUUGAACCACAUCACUGACCUUCUUCUUCUCCCUCAUCCAGCUUCAGAUUUACAAGCUACCAAGAAAAAAGAAAUACAUUUAAAAAAAAAAAAAAACUUGCUUAGCUUUUCUAUCAGCUGCACAUCCAUGAGCAUCCCCCCCCUCCCCCUCCUCCUCCCAUCCAUGGCUAUACAGGGUGACAUGAACGAAAACAGUAGAUUUUGUUUAUCCUUUGUUUUGCGCUUUGAUUUUGUGUGGGUUGAAGGGGGGUAAUGGCUUUCAUUGUUGACUGCACUUUUUCUCCAGAGGCGUGUAAUUGAGCAGAAAGUCCGGGAACAAAACUAAAAACAGCAUGUUUUGUUCAGCUCUCGAGCUCGUUUGUUCAUGUGAAGAUGGAGACAGGUGAAAAUAGGACUUUGCUAAAAGGGUCGUUUUUGUUUCUUCUUUGCUUUUUCCGGAGCUCAGUGAUAGUAAAAAAGGUGCGACUUUAGGAGACUUUCGGUUUUGACAGAGUAAAAAGUGAAUUUUGUACUGAAGAUCUCUGCUGGAAGCAUCUUUGCUAAGCCCCCUAUCUUGUACCUCAAGCAGGAUGGAACAAAGGCUAAAGACCAUUUACAAAUACUUUUGAGCCAGGUCUGCUUUUGCUACAUUUAUAAUGCUCCACAGAGAGAAUGUGAAUAUGAGUCACAGUGCAAUCAUGAGCUUCCAACUUUCCCCUUCACACCCGGGCAGUUCAUUCAUGUAAAUAACACAUAGGUAGUCACACGAGUCAUUUAUGUUGUUUGAUGCGAGGUCCAUUGCAGUUCUCAGCAGCUCUUGCUUUCCAACACUGAGUCUUUGGUUAUUCCUAGAUACCUACUGGAGUUUUCUUGUAUUUUUAUCGAGCAAAAUAUGUUCUGAUUUUCACUAAGAUGUAAAGAAAAAAAAAAAAUUUUCUAAAGCACAAAAUUUGAUUAGGGUAAGAGGAAUUGACUGUAUCCAUAAACACACAUACCAAACGCACACGAGCUCACAUAUACACACACAGUACAGUACAUAUAUGCUGGUAGUCGAGUGAAACUGGUAAAGGGUUGUGGCUGACGUAGACGAAAUGGUAAACCUUCUGUAAAUGUUUUCUUUUGUUUCUUUUGGUUAUGAUACAGCCCUGUAAAAUCUGAUUCUCUGCAUUAGUCUUUAAAUAAAAAGAAA